GCUACGAGGCGGAAGACAUCAGCCGAAUCCUCCGUACGAGUUAACUGGAGCCGCUUAUGUUGUGCAGCAACCAACGGUAGUUUGAAGAAGAAGAAAAAGCAGGAGGGCGGUGAAGUGUUUGUUUUCACAUUUCCAGUGUGUUUACGUGAGGACUUCCAACUGGCGAAUCGCAUCAGUUCGCCCGGGAGGGUCAUCGUCAGCGACGACACCCUCUGCUCCCAUAACUGUUUAGAAAAUGACCGGAGAGAAGAUCCGCUCCCUGCGCAAAGACCACAGGCCGAGCAAGGACGAGGAUUUACUGGAGCCAGACGAGGAGGCUGCAACCGGGACGUUCACCGCCUCCAAGACGAACAACAAGAGCAGGGCGAGUAAAAUCUUCAGCAAUCACAAGUUAAUCAAGUCUUCAUCCACUCAGCAGCAGCAGAACCAACAGUCGCAGAUCAAUGCGAACACCAACACAUUGUCAACAUCGGAGGUUAUCGAUGACAACAACAAAAACCCCAUUAUCCGAACCGGGCAGGACUUCCCGGUGCAUGAAUGUGUGUUCAAAGGAGACGUCCGACGCCUGUCCUCACUCAUACGGACGCAGAAUAUCGCCCAGAAAGAUCUCCACGGAAACUCACCGUUGCAUCUCGCCGUUAUGAUGGGGCACAAAGAGUGUGCCCACCUGCUGCUGGCCCACAAUGCACCAGUGAAGGUGAAGAACGCUCAGGGAUGGAGUCCCCUUGCUGAGGCCAUCAGCUACGGAGAUCGACAAAUGAUCACAGCACUGUUGAGGAAGCUGAAGCAACAGUCCAGGGAGACUGUGGAGGACAAGAGACCCAAGCUGCUGACAGCCCUGAAAGAACUCGGAGACUUUUACUUGGAGCUUCACUGGGACUUCCAAAGCUGGGUGCCUUUGCUCUCCAGAAUCCUACCUUCAGAUGCAUGUAAGAUCUACAAGCAGGGCCUCAACAUCAGAUUGGACACUACCCUGAUAGACUUCACAGACAUGAAGUGUCAACGUGGGGACCUCAGUUUCAUCUUCAAUGGCAAUGCCGUCCCCUCCGAGUCCUUUGUUGUGCUGGACAACGAACAGAAAGUCUACCAGCGGAUACACCAUGAGGAGUCCGAGAUGGAGACAGAGGAGGAAGUGGACAUACUGAUGAGCAGCGAUGUCUACUCUGCAACUCUCUCCACCAAGUCCAUCACCUUCUCCAGGGCGCAGACCGGCUGGCUGUUCAGAGAGGACAAGACGGAGCGCGUGGGAAACUUUCUGGCAGACUUUUACUCUGUGAACGGCCUGGUGCUCGAGUCCAGGAAGCGACGGGAGCAUCUGAGCGAGGAGGACAUCUUGAGGAACAAAGCCAUCAUGGAGAGCCUGAGCAAAGGAGGGAAUCUCAUAGAGCAGAACUUUGAGCCGGCGAGGAGGCAAUCUUUAACUGCCCCUUCACCCAACACUGUUUCCUGGGAAGAAUACAUUACUGCUGACAAUGGAAAAGCUCCUCAUCUGGGAAGAGAGCUGGUCUGCAAAGAGAGCAAGAAAAACUUCAAAGCAACGGUAGCCAUGAGCCAAGACUUCCCUCUGGGCAUCGAAUCGUUAUUGAAUGUUCUGGAGGUCAUCGCACCCUUCAAGCACUUUAAUAAGCUCAGGGAGUUUGUUCAGAUGAAGCUCCCUCCUGGCUUUCCUGUCAAACUGGACAUCCCCGUCUUUCCUACGAUCACAGCCACCGUGACGUUUCAGGAGUUUCGCUAUGAUGAGUUUGAUCAGUCCAUUUUUACCAUUCCCAACGACUAUAAAGAAGACCCUAGCCGCUUCCCCGACCUUUAACCUCUUACGCUGGAACAGGAAUGUGCAGCAAGGGAACAUUAUGCCACAAAAAACAUACUUUUCCAAUGACAAAAGGAAAAAUAAGCAGCGGUAAUUGUUCCAUCACAGUUUAUGGAUUUCUAUUGCCCAUCACAACCCUGAACACAAGCAGCAACAUGACAACCAGAGAGACAAACGGGACCAAAAUGGCGUCAUCCAAGCAGAUGGAGGCUCACUGUGGCAGAGAGGUCUAAGUCUCCCGAUAGUAACGAGGUGUUUUGAAGCUCAAUGUUGCCGGUUUCUACUCUCACCUUUUAGAUUUGGUUUAAUCCAGCAGCUGAGGCAGGAAAUGCAACUAACUUGGAGGUGAGGGGACAUUGAAGUUAAAGUUAGUGACCGCAGAGCAGGUGACCUUUUUGUAUAUGGGGUAUAAGCAGAAGAAAGACAAUCGGUUGAUGCUAUGUAUUUAAGUAUGUAAGUAAUGUUUAUAAAGGGAAUGUGUUUAGUAAAGCACUGUGUGAGAUGUGGGGGAGGAAUUCCACCAAAAAUGACUUUUUAGGUCCUUUUUCCUGCUAAAGUAAACUUUAAAAUAAUGUGGGAUAUUAGAUCUGAAGUCAAUGUGACAUAAACUUGUAUAUAAUCUAAUGCCCACCUGUUGGACAGGUGUGUAGGAGAAUACAAUCACUACUUUUUUUACACUCAAUUCCCAAA